UACAGAAAUAUCAAUAUCAAACAGUUUUUUAGUGAAAAAGAAAAAAAAUUUAACGAAAGGAAAAUGACUAAUCAAAGCAAUGUGAAUAAAGCAUCGGUGAUAUUUAAUCCUGUCGUGGAUUAUGACAGCGUGCUUUCGCUCUUUUUGGAAGAAUUCAAUACACGCUGGAGCAAUGUAAAACCCUCACCGGAGACUGGACUCGAAGGUUAUGAAGAACUGACCAUACUCGGUUCCGGUUCUUUUGGACAGGUGGCAUUGUCCAGGGACAAAUCCACAGGUGAUUAUUAUGCUAUAAAACUGAUGAUGAAGGAAAGAAUCGUCAAGAUGAAACAAGUUGCGCAUGUACAUAAUGAGAAACGUGUUUUGGCUUGCAUUAAAUUCCCUUUCCUAAUUUAUUUGGAGUUCUCACGCAAGGAUUUCGAUCUGCUCUAUUUGGGCUUGCCGUUCAUAAAUGGCGGCGAACUAUUUACCUAUCAUCGCAAAAUGCGUAAAUUUAAUGAGAAACAGGCACGUUUCUAUGCCGCGCAAGUGUUCCUCGCUUUCGAAUACUUGCAUUUUCUACAUCUGCUCUAUCGUGACUUGAAACCGGAAAAUGUGAUGCUCGACAAGAAUGGCUAUAUAAAAAUAACGGAUUUUGGAUUUGUGAAGAAAGUUGAUACACGCACCAUGACCCUAUGUGGCACGCCCGAAUACCUAGCGCCCGAAGUUAUACAAUCGAAACCCUACGGCUCGUGUGUCGAUUGGUGGGCUUUCGGUGUUUUCAUUUACGAAAUGGUCAAUGGCUCUUCACCCUUUGCGCCCUUCAAUCGCGACAUAAUGGUUAUGUAUGGCAAGAUCUGCGAAGGCGAUUACAAAAUGAUACAGAGUUUCAGCCCCGAACUUAAGGACUUGGUUGACAAUUUGUUGCAAGUUGAUUUGUCUAAGCGAUUUGGCAGCUUAAUAAAUGGCAAUAAGGAUAUUAAAAAUCAUGAUUGGUUCAAGCCGAUCGAUUGGUUUGGUAUUCUCAAUCAGGAGGCACCUGCACCGUAUGUGCCACAAAUCGCGCAUGCAGAAGAUUUGUCGAAUUUUGAUAAAUUUCCCGAGUUUCAUCGCGGACCGAAAUCGAAAAUAUGUCGUUUUUGUGACACGUUCGCUGAGUUUUAAUUCUUUUUUUAAGAAUUUUUAUACCCGAUUUACUGUAUUGGCAAGCAAGCAAGUACGAGGUACUUGCGGAGAGUUAACUGCAUUUUUCGGGCACAUUGUUAAAGAAAAAAAUUAAAUAAUUUAUGUAAAAAAAUAAUUAAAAAUAUCACAAUAUAA